AUGUCUGGGAAUGAUGAUAAGCCACAUGCUGCUGCAGACAGAAUAAAGGCAGCCACGUUAUCCGUGGCCAAGGGAUUGAGCAGGGCUCAAGCUGAACGAGCUGCGGCUGCUGCUGCCCGCAAUGUCAAUGCCUACGGGCAGAAGGAAGAGGGACCUAGCCGUUGGCAGGAGAGGAAGGAAGCCAAGAGACAGAUGUAUCUGAUGAGUACAGAGAAGGCUGCGAAGCUGGGCACUGUGAAGCCCAAAGGUUCAGAAACUUCUUCUGUUGGCGCGUAUACCCAAUGCCAGAAAUGUUUCCAGCAUGGUCACUGGACGUAUGAGUGCAAAAAUGAGCGGGUGUACAUAUCACGGCCCUCAAGAACGCAGCAGCUUAAGAAUCCCAAGCUGAAGAAAAGCGCACCAGUUUCUUAUCAAUUCGAGAAUCCUGAUAUUAUAAAGGAGAGGGAACAGGAGCAGAAGCUGAUGAAGGAAAAGCAGAAGAAGGAGAAAGCCGAAAGGAAAAAGGGAAAGAGUAAGAGGAAGCAUCGAUCGCCGAGUGAUUCAGAUAGCAACAGUAGUGGUGCUUCGGUGUUCGACUCCGACUCUGAAUCAUCGGUGACGGGCUCUGAAUACUCUUCUGGAAGCAGUUCAAGUUAUAGUUCCUCAGACUCCGAGGACAAGAAGCGGCAACACAGAAGGAAGCAGAAGAAGAGAAGGCACAGGAGGGACAGCACAUCAUCAGCAUCUUCUGAAUCUGAGUCUGCAUCGGACAGUGAUUCUGAUGACAAGGGCAGCCGGAGGAAGAGUAAAAGAAGGGGUGGUAGGCGCUGA